AUGUCUCGUACAAUUUCAGCCACUCACGAAAGCAGCAACGGAAUUGACUGGAUCACAAUUAUUUACCGUUUGCGAUUUAUGGCCAUAGUCUCGAACAAUUAAAAGUGUCUCUUCUGGUUUAAAUCACCUUUUACUCGAAAUUGAUUUUAAUUUAGCAGAGUCGCGCAAAAAAAUAGUGGAAAUUUUGCGACGACCUCUUUGCAGGAAAAUAGGGCAAAAAUAGUCGAGGACCUCCACUUUCUAAAAAAAAAAAGAAAGUGAGUUUUCUCGAUUCUCUCGAUGUUGGAAAUUACCACUAGUUUCUAUUCAAAGUUCUCUGCAGAAAAAAAAAACGUAAAAAACUGUCCUGAAUUUAUUUUUAGAAUCAAUUUGUAAUAAAAAUUCGGAAUUUAACUUUAAGAAGAUGAUAAAUAAUUGAAGUUUGGAAGGCCGUAACAUUUUUCCAGGAGAGAUACUGCAACGGAAGGAAAGUCUCAAUAAUGGAGCCUGCCGCCGCAAGAAAGGCGGGAAGGACUGGCCGACGACGUCGACGGCAAUUGGGAGCUUAGCGGUCGACGUCGCCAAGGUUGCAGGUAAGCGGUUUACCAGCCGAACUCCAUCCCGACUGUUGACUGUUUGUCGCCCCACACAAAUAGCCCGUCAUUCCACGAUUCGACGUAAAAGGAAAGAAUUUUUUGUACUUCUGAGAGUUUACUCCGAGCAAUCGACAUACAAGUGGUGCCAACUUAAAGAAAGAGUGAAACGUUUGAAUUUAUUUCUCUCCAAAAUUGAAGUUCGAGUUUUAGUUUACUGUAACACCCCUUAUUAUCCGGGAUCUGAUAUCGUAGUCUUUUUUUAAAUAUCCUUUUGACUCUUGUGAUAUAUAGAUUUAUAAGCUUUUUCCACUAAUUUUUUUGCCUCAAGUACUUUUUUUAUCGGAUUAUUUUUGCUCAAGUUGAAAACAGCGCUGUUUUUUUUGAAACUUUCUUUCAGUUUUUACCGACGCCGUACAAGUACUGCGUCAAAAAGUGUUUUGGUCAACUUUCGAAAAACUUAAAAGUGCAAAAUAGAAGAUCUUCAUUUUUUCAGCAAAAAAACUUGAAACGUUUGAAAAAAAGUAAGAUUCAAGUCUUUUGACACUAUGGAAAGAAAAAUCAAGAAAUGUUUCUUCAAAGAUUGACGUCUUUAAAAAAUAAAUGAUACAUUUUUUGUUUCCUAAAAGUUUAUCAUUCAAAAUCAGAACUAUUUUUAAAAGGCUCAGGUCCUACAUGGGAAAUGACAUGGAACUAUAUGAAUAAGGUGUGCCCCUUUUUCGAAAAAUGUUCCCGCAAAAAUUUCUCGCGAUGCCUCAAAACUCCAGUUCAUUUUUUUCGGUUUUGACGGGUCCGCCCAAUCUCGUAUUGAGAUUUGAAAUAUCGUCUGUGUGUCUCUAGGAAAAACAAACAGAAUCCGUGGAAAUUCGCCCUCGCAGAGCCUUUUUCUCGAAUUGAAACCCAUUUUUCACACACUUUUACCUUUUCAUAUUCAGGCUAGCUAUCGCCUGUCGACUUUUCUUUUCUUUUUUCAACUUCUCUUCGUUCUUUUUGUCUCCUUUUAAGCAUCGAGUCGAGACCAUGUUCCAAGAUAAAGGAAAACAAAGGAGAGCAUCAAUCAAUCAAAAGCUUGUUCUUUUCAUUUCCAUGGGAGCAUUUUAAAUGCGAGAGGUUCCGUCGGCGCAAAAAGCGGUGUCGCAUUUCGGAAUGGCCGAAUUAGGCCAACAGACAAGAAGUGGGGGCGUCUUUUACGAGCCCGAAUUCUGCAUUUCGAUGUUUGUUUGGAGUUGGAGCUUCUGAAGAACUCCGUUUGCAUCUCCCAAGAAAGGUGUUUUUACUAUGCAAUCUGGAACUUUCCGAGAAGUCGUUCUCAUUUCUCAAUAUCGAACGUCUCGAAGAUUUUCAUUUUGAAAACUUCUGGACAGUUUUCGAAAGAAAAUCGUGGGAGACUGGUUCGAGAAAUGGUUUAGAAACAAUUUUUCACACCUAGUGUCGUAGGAACUGUACACAAACAUGAUUUAGACAAUUUUCCAGAAAACCUUGAAAUCUUUCGGAAACUGCUCCCUUUAAGUGCAACUUUUCUUUUGAAGAUGUUUUAGAUGAGAUUUUUUUGUCUUUAUUUCUCUUCUGUUCGAACCUCUAUGACGGAAUAAAAGUUAAACUAUUACAUAGGAGAAAAAAUGAACACCAAGGAGGAUUCUGAAAAUCAAAUUUGCUUUGGUAAAUAGCUUCAUUCGAAUGAAUUCAUAUUUGAAAGUAAGUAGUCGGGAUUGAAACAGUUUUUUUAGAAAAAAAUUGAAGAAAAAUUUUUCAAUUGUGUGUUAUUUUUUUGGAGCUUUUGACAAUUCCAGAAGUGGUUAUCACUUGAACUUUUCGGAAAUCCAAUGAACUCAAAGAUAUAGUUUGAGCAAGUCUCCACAACUACUUAUUUUUUGGAAACUGAAACAUCCGCUUCGAUGGUCAGAACAGUAUCGAGGCAACUUGUUGAAAAAGAAAAGAGAAAGAUCUGUAGAAGAAUUUUUCAAUUUUUUUUAUAGUGGCCUUUUGUUUUCUUGAAUUCAUUGCUCGAAUGACUUUCUUGUUAAAGAUAAAACUCCCAGCAAGGAACUUUUGUUUGCUCAUGAUAGCCGGCUAUGGCUCACUCGGCUCCGGCAGAAUCGCUCUUUCCAUACUGUGAAGCGAAUAGGCCUCGCUUCGAAUGAACAGAGUGAAACCUCGCAUAUUAGGAUUGCUCGGCGAGUAACUCGCAUAACGAACGAAGAAGCGAGAAGGAGAAGAGCGGUGCGGCGAAAAUUGACGUCGUCGGCGAAGUUGCCACACACACACACAUUUGA